AUGUCCUGGUCCAACUUGAUUGUUCGAAUCCAGCAAAAAGUUGUCGGGUUGUUGGAUUACGAAUCGAGAUGUCACUUGCGUACCUGCUCGAAAGAUGACAGAGAUGUAGUCGACUCCACGAAAUUCCAUGCUUCAAAACUGAAAAUUGAAGAGUUUCCAAGUGAUAUGUCAGAUGGAAAAACAAUCAUCCGUUGUGAUGUAGACACUUUUACCAUCUGGUUCAUUGGAAAAGAGAAUAUAACAAAAGUUGAUAGAGGAUGGAAUGGAGAAAUAAAUGAGGAAAUAUCUGAAAUCAAACAGGAAAAUCGAUAUGAUGUCAUGAACAGAUUCUUCGAAAAACUCUCUCACAGAGGAGUCAUUAAAGUCAAUAGUUUGGACUUGGAGAGUUUAACCUUCCCGGUGGCCGACUCCAUAAAAAUCAAAUGUAACUGUCUGAAAAUUAUAAAUAUCCAAGACAACCAUCACAUGGAAUGGAUUCGAAACACGGAUCCAUUUUCUCAAAAAUUCAAAAAAUUGGAGUUGAGAUGCUGGGGAGAUACGAGAGAACUGAGCGAAGUGAGGAAGGUUCUCGAUGUUUCGGAAUCACUGGAUUUGGACUACGAAACUGAAUUUACGGACGAUGAACUGGAGAAAAUUGAGGCGAUGAAUCUGACUAUGUCAUCAACGAUGAUUACGGCAGAGGGAGCGAAAAGGAGAUUAGAAGCAUUUCUAAGGCAUGGAAAGAAGGAAGAUGUUCUCCAAAUAUACUUCUCGAUUCGAGACGAUUUCCAAUAUUCUGAGCUGUUUCCACAAUCUCUGAAAAUCAAAAAACUGAAAAGAGAACACGAACAAGAAGGAGAUUAUUACGGAAAAGUGUUCCGAGGCUUCGAAAACAUACACGGCGUAGACGAUCCAAGAGAAAUCGACUGUAUUAGUUUUGGAUUGAAACUCAGACAGACUCUCUACCGCGGGAAACCAAUUCGGCUCCAAAUGUCUGGAAAUCUAGACAAUUGGCCAAAAAAAGGAUUUUCCAAAUACAACAAUUUAUUCGAAUUUGAAUAUAAAUCUUCAGAAAAGUCUUCCAAAAAAAAUCGCGUUCAACGAUCAGAAUCUGCAUCAUUCGGAGCAUCCAAAUCGCUGUCAACUUGA